AUGGCAAAGACGCGCCAGGCCAACUUGAAAUUUCAUCUACUAAUAACAACAGCUUCUCAAUUUUAUUAUUUUGUUUCGGUCCUCGUCAUUAUACUCUCUCUCUCUCUCUUCCCCCCUCUCUCUCCCUCUCUCUCUAUCCGUCUCUCUCUGUAUUUCUCUCUUUCUAAGCCUCUCUUUCUUUUUAUCUCUGUAUUUCUAUCGCCCACUCUUUCUCUUUCUAUCUAUCUAUCUAUCUAUCUAUCUAUCAUGGCAACAAAGCCACUUAAAUAUAUGUAUCGUUACAAGACUGACAAGGUCUUUCCCAUUUUGUUUUUACUUCUUUUUCUUUUAUUUGUUAUUUUCGUUUCUUUUUUUUUUGUUUUACAAUUUCAGUUCUUCCUUUUUCGCUAUAUUUCUCUCUCCCCUUCUCUCUCCCCCCUCUCUCUCUCUUUCUCUCUCUCUCCCCACCUUUUCAGUUUCUGCCUACACUUUUAUUCCAGGAAUAAUUCGGAUUAG